CGGGCGGGCGGGCGGCAGCUCGGGAGCGGGCCGGGGGCUCAGGCGCGGGCGCGGCCGGCCCGGCGCGGCCUCGGGGGCCCAUGGGGCGCGGGGGGCCGGGCCGGUGACGCCGGGGGCCCAUGGACGCCCCUGCGGAGUCGCCGCCGCCGGUGAUCUACACCAUGGAGAACAAGCCCAUCGUCACCUGCGCUGGAGAUCACAACUUAUUUACCUCUAUUUACCCACCACUUUCCCAGCAGCUUCCAAGGGAGCCCAUGGAGUGGAGAAGGUCUUAUGGCCGGGCUCCAAAGAUGAUUCAUCUAGAGUCGAACUUUGUUCAAUUCAAAGAGGAGCUGCUGCCCAAAGAGGGAAACAAGGCUCUGCUCACGUUCCCCUUCCUGCACAUCUACUGGACGGAGUGCUGUGAUACUGAAGUGUACAAAGCUACAGUAAAAGAUGACCUCACCAAGUGGCAGAAUGUUCUCAAAGCCCAUAGCUCCGUUGACUGGCUAAUUGUGGUAGUUGAAAAUGAUGCCAAGAAGAAAAACAAAACCAACAUCCUUCCCCGCACUUCUAUUGUGGACAAAAUAAGAAAUGACUUUUGCAAUAAACAGAGUGACAGGUGUGUUGUGCUUUCUGACCCCCUGAAGGACUCUUCUCGAACUCAGGAAUCCUGGAAUGCCUUCCUGACCAAACUCAGGACGCUGCUGCUUAUGUCUUUUACCAAAAACCUUGGCAAGUUUGAGGAUGACAUGCGGACCUUGAGGGAGAAGAGGACCGAGCCAGGAUGGAGUUUCUGUGAAUACUUCAUGGUCCAGGAGGAGCUGGCCUUUGUCUUCGAGAUGCUGCAGCAGUUCGAGGAUGCCCUGGUGCAGUAUGAUGAGCUGGAUGCCCUGUUCUCCCAGUAUGUCGUCAACUUUGGGGCUGGGGAUGGUGCCAACUGGCUGACUUUCUUCUGCCAGCCAGUGAAGAGCUGGAACGGCCUGAUCCUCCGCAAGCCGAUCGACAUGGAGAAGCGGGAGCUGAUCCAGAAGCGGGAGGCCACGCUGCUGGACCUGCGCAGCUACCUGUUCUCGCGCCAGUGCACCCUGCUCCUCUUCCUGCAGCGGCCCUGGGAGGUGGCGCAGCGCGCCCUGGAGCUGCUGCACAGCUGCGUGCAGGAGCUCAGGCUCCUGGAGGUCUCCGUCCCGCCCGGCGCUCUGGACUGCUGGGUGUUCCUGAGCUGCUUGGAGGUGUUGCAGAGGAUAGAAGGUUGCUGUGACCGGGCCCAGAUCGACUCCAACAUUGCCCACAUGGUGGGACUGUGGAGCUACGCCACGGAGAAGCUGAAGUCCUUGGGCUACCUGUGUGGACUUGUGUCAGAGAAAGGACCUAACUCAGAGGAUCUCAAUAGGACGGUGGACCUCUUGGCGGGUUUGGGAGCCGAGCGACCUGAAACAGCCAACACAGCUCAGAGUCCUUACAAGAAACUCAAGGAAGCGCUGUCAUCAGUGGAAGCUUUUGAAAAGCACUACUUGGAUCUGUCUCACGCCACCAUUGAGAUGUACACGAGCGUCGGGAGGAUCCGCUCUGCCAAGCUCGUCGGGAAGGACCUGGCGGAGUUCUACAUGAGGAAGAAGUCUCCUCAGAAGGCAGAGAUCUAUCUUCAGGGAGCUUUGAAGAAUUACCUGGCUGAGGGCUGGGUCCUGCCCGUCACGCACACGCGGAAGCAGCUCGCUGAGUGCCAGAAACACCUCGGGCAAAUGGAAAAUUAUCUGCAGACCAGCAGCCUUCUGGCCAGUGACCAACACCUGACCGAGGAGGAGCGGAAGUACUUCUGCCAGGAAAUACUCAGCUUUGCCAGCCGCCAGGAGGGAAGCCCAGGUCACAAGGUGGUACUGCCCAUGCUCUCCUUCGCACAACUGCGCGACCUCCACUUCGAGCCUUCCAAUGCUGUGAUCCACACGGGUGGCAUUUUGUCCCUGGAAAUAACCUUGUGCAGCCAGAUGCCCGUCCCUGUCCACAUGGACCAGAUUUCCGUCAACGUCCACUUCAGCAUCGAGAAAAACAGCUACCGGAAGACGGCGGAGUGGCUCACCAAGCACAAGAUGUCCAACGGGAUCGUUAAGUUCCCCAGCGAGGCCUCGCUCUUCCCCACGUCGCAGAGCAGCCUGCCUGCGCUCGAGCUGUCCGAGAUGUUUGAGAGAAGCCCUUCAGAUAACUCUUUGAACACCACAGGGAUUAUUUGCAGAAAUGUGCACAUGCUCCUGAGGCGACAGGAAAGUGGCUCUUCCCUAGAGACGGCCUCGGGGGUGACCCUGGAAGAUGGGGCCCAUGUGCUGAGGUGCAGCAGCGUGACCCUGGAGCCAGGGUCCAACAAGGUAGCAUUCAGGACUCAGGCCAAGGAGCCUGGAACGUACACGCUCCGGCAGUUGUGUGCCUCAGUGGGCCCUGUGUGGUUCGUCCUUCCGCACAUCUACCCCAUCGUGCAGUAUGACGUGUACUCUCAGGAGCCCCAGCUGCACGUGGAGCCCCUGGCUGAUAGCCUUUUGGCUGGCAUACCUCAGAAGGUCAAGUUCACUGUCACCACUGGGCAUUAUGCCGUGAAGAACGGGGACAGCCUGCAGCUCAGCAACGCGGAAGCCAUGCUCAUCCUGUGUCAGGCGGAAAGCAGAGCCACCAUCUCCUCUAACUCCAGAGAGGAGUCGUCCACGGCGCCGCUGCGGAUCCAGUCCUCUGACAAGGUCACGAGCAUCGGGCUGCCCGCGGCGCCCGCCUACCACGUGAUUGAGUUUGAGCUGGAGGUCCUGUCUUCCCCCUCGGCCCCCGCGGCCGGGGUGGAGAGCAGCCUGCCCGCCUCGCCAGAGCCCCGCGGGCAGCAGAAGGACAGGCAGAGGGCUGCCCUGGGCAUGGCCACCACGGACCACAAGGUGUCCAUUGACUGCCCGUGGUCUAUCUACUCCACGGUCAUCGCACUGACGUUCAGCGUGCCCUUCAGGACCACGCACGCCCUGCUCUCGGCUGGAACUCGGAAAUAUGUCCAAGUGUGUGUGCAGAACUUGUCAGACGUCGACUUCGAGCUGUCAGAUAGUAAUCUGGAGGACACUGGCCGGGGCUCUGACUUGCAGAUGACGCCCCUGAGCCCGCGGCCCCAGCAGCACAUCCGCAGCCGGCAGUCGGUGUUCUUCGUGUGGGAGCUGGCAUGGACUCGGGAGCCCCCCCCCGCGCUGCACGGCCGCUUCUCGGUGGCCUUCUCCCCGGCGGCGGAGGAGCAGCUGGCCAUCUCCUUGAAGCCCUACACGUACGAGUUUCAAGUGGAAAACUUCUUUACUCUGUACACGGUGAAGGCUGAGAUACUGCCCGCGACCGGAGCGCAGUACUGUAGGACGGGCUCGCUCUGCUCUCUGGAGGUGUCCAUCACCAGGCUCGCCGCGCUGCUGGAGGUGGACAAGGACGAGGCGCUGGUGGAGUCCGACGAGUACCUGUCCACCAAGCUCAUGUACGAAGUGGUGGACAACAGCAGCAACUGGGCAGUGUGCGGGAAGAGCUGCGGGGUCAUCUCCAUGCCGCUGGCGGCCCGGGCCACCCACCGAGUCCACAUGGAGGUGAUGCCGCUGUUCGCGGGCUACCUGCCCCUGCCUGACGUCCGGCUGUUCAAGUACCUCCCCCACCACUCCACACACUCUUCACAGCUGGACGCCGACAGCUGGAUCGAGAACGACGGCCUGUCGGUGGACAAGCACCUGGACGACCAGCUGGACUGCGGCAGCGUGCGGAGCCGGGGCAGCGUGCACUCGGCGUCCAGCGGCGAGCUCAAGGGCCUGCCCAUGCCCCGCCUCCAGGCCCUGCCCCCCGGCCAGGUCUUCAACGCCAGCGCCGGCACGCAGGUCCUGGUCAUUCCCAGCCAAGACGACCACGUCCUGGAAGUGAGCAUCACAUGACACCCCCGACGGCUGCGCGCGCGGUCGGGGCUGUGGCGGGCUCGUUCUCUGUCCGCGCGCGCUAGCUCUAAGCAGACGGGGCGACCCUGCCUGGCCACAGAGGCACCGCGAUGGCCGUGGAGCUGGCCGGAGGAGGCGCGCAUCCCUUUAUGUUGUCUGACCCGGGAUCCAUGGUUAUUUUCUCAUCCCACCCACACUGGUGUCCGCCAGCGUGUGCUCAGAGCCUCGGCCUCCCCCCUCCCGGACGGGCUGCUCCCCAAGCGUGCCGUCCUCCCUCUCUCCACCGCCGCAGCUUCCUGUCGGCGGGCUCUGUGCGCAGGUCACCGCCUUUGGGGGCCGCGCAGUCUUCUUGGACUCGGGCUCUCCUCGGGUCCGGGUCACCUAGCUGUGCUUUUCCACACUAACACCUCUGGGAGCAGUGGGCGGGGGGAUAGGGUGGGGCUCGGAGGAGCCGUAACCCCGCUGUGCCUUGGAAUGGCAGCGCCGUGGACUCUGGUGCCACCGUCUGGAGCCACGGAGCAGCUCGGUGCACAAGUGGGUUCGGAAUAAAUGUUUCUGUAUUCCCGGUUCCCCUCGAUGUCGAUUGAAUAUCAUAUGCACUCGGAAUUAAAUAUAUAUUUAUUUUGAUUGUCUUUAUAAAUGUGGGGGUUAAUACGUUAUUUUUCUCUCACUUUUAAAGUCUGUACAUAUAAUUGUAGCUGUAUAAUCAACAUCUUUCUUUGCACCUUAAGUCUUAGCAGUUCAGAUGCUUCCUCUAGGGCGGGGAAGGAGGGCUCGGCGCUGGGCUGGCGGGAAGGGCGGGCCUGCGUGCCGCCUCCGCCCAGCCACCUGGGGCGGUGCACCGUACCAACGGGUUUACUUACUUUGGGUUGUAAAUUCAAUUGUACAUAUGGUUGAUUCAUUAUUUUUAAAAGUACAGACUAACUGAUGUAAUGUUUAUGUAUAAGUUGCACCAAAAAUCAAGGACAAAAUAAAUGUGCAUUUCUUUUUACUGGCGUGAACAUCACAGCUUGUAAAUACGUGUUGUAUGUAAGAAACCUUUUCAGCUCUCCAAAGCGAUGUAUUUUUGUACAUAUGACAUGGAGUGGUGUGAAUUCGUGGGCACGGCGUGGGAGUAGAUGUUGGGUCUGGCAGCAGUGAGGCCUCAGUGAGGAACCGGAAGUGUGUGAGCCGGGGGCCCGGAAGCCUCCUUCAGCGCCACUGACCCUGCAGGCAGUGUGCUCUCGAGCCUGGUACCCACGAUGAGCACAGACUGAGGCCAGGGCCACAGGCAGUCAUUUCAGUAUUCUGUAUGUUGACUUUUCAAUUGUUCAGCAAAUAAAGAUGGUGUGAUUCCCCCCCCC